GUCGCGUCAUGGAUGUGGAAUUGUGGAUGAUCUUAGACCCGUGGACUGACCCAAAUAAGAUCAUAUUCACUUCCUCAUCGAUCACAUUUCACAAAUAACCCCCCGAAUUGAAGCUGAAAAAGAGAGAGAUGAAGAAGAUGAGUAUGCUGCUCUUCUAUGUAACCUUGAUCCUAUCAAUGGCGGCAGUUUAUGAGGGAGAAGAACUGAGCUCAAAUGAUUGCGAGAAUCUGGGUUUCACGGGUCUAGCUCUUUGCUCCGAUUGCAAAACUUUGUCAGAGUAUGUCAAAGACCAAGAACUGGUAUCUGACUGCUUGAAGUGCUGCGUGGAGGAUUCUGAUGAUUCGAUGAGCAAGAUUACCUAUGCUGGUGCACUGCUGGAAGUCUGCAUGAGAAAGCUGGUCUUUUAUCCUGAGAUUGUUGGUUUUAUAGAAGAAGAGAAGGAGAAGUUCCCUUCUGUCAAAGUUCAAUAUUCUUUCAACUCGCCACCAAAGAUGAUUAUGCUGGAUGACAAUGGUGAACAUGCUGAAACAAUUAGAAUUGACAACUGGAAACGUGAGCACAUCCUACAAUUUCUACGGGGCAAACUCAAAUCUGCUGCUAGCUAAUAUGCAUUGACAGGAUGGUAACUAGAAGUUGCCUCAUAUAGAUCAGCAGUGAUAUAUUUGUGCCAUUGUUACUAAAUUAGCCACACAACAUCAUGAUUUUGAACAUAUAAUGAUCUCCGAUGUUCCUAGUCUGAUCCAAGUUUCUUUCUUUGAUAAAAUCGAUGUAAUAUCUAAUUUGAUCAAACGGAGACCCUUUGCGUAGUUGGUACCACUGCUAUGUCCCGGGCUAGACCAGAGAUCAGAUCCAUUCCUCUUAAAUUUUGUAUGUCAUGCCAUUUGUGGCUGGUGGUAUACUGAUGUAAAAUUAACCAUUGAGAUGAUACCACAUCUGCUCGCUUCAAUCGAUCAGAUUAUUUGUCAA